AAAGCCUGGAGAAGUGGAAUCUCGCCGGCGCCGCUCCUUGCGCGGGACUCGCGGAGCGGUACUGGGCAUGCUCAGUCGCCGGAGCCCGAUCUGGUCUCAAGUAGGAAGCGCGUGCGCUGCACCCGCAGCUGAUCGGGCGCUCCCGGGAGGGCGAGACUGGAGCAGAGCCGCCCGGCACCGGAGCUGAGGCUAUAGCCGCGCGCACCGCUGGUUCGGGCGUCUGUGGGUGAGCCGCUGUGGUCUGUAGCCAAGCAUGCUGUGGUCGGAUCUGCCCAGCCGUGGAACAGAAACAUUCGCUGGAUGGAAAAUCCAUAAAAGAAAGCUCCUGUGAAAAGCUGAGGCAAUACGAUAACUUAAGCAAAAUCAGAUCUAUUUGGAGUGCCUGACCUCCUUGGUGAUCGCUGUUCAUUAACAGGCUUCGUGGGGGAAAGGGAGCUUGCCUUCUGAGCUUUGUACCAAAGACCUGGGAAAACGCAGCUAACCACCUCAGUCUUUCCCGAGUACUUGGGAACUUCCGCGGCACCUGUGCUGACUGUCGCUAUGGGCAGACGGUACCCGGAGGCCCACUGUCAUCCAGGCCACUCUUAUUUCAAAUUAUAACGCAUUUCCUGCAUCAUUGCUGACGUCCAGUGAUCCAUGUCAGAAGUACUUCCAGCUGAUUCGGGUGCUGACACCUUGGCAGUGUUUAUGGCCAGCAGCGGAACCACAGACGUUGCAAAUCGGAACAGCCCAGCCACCCCACCGAACACCCUUAAUCUCCGUUCCUCACACAAUGAACUGUUGAAUGCUGAAAUAAAACACACAGAAAGCAAGAACAGCACACCUCCCAAAUGCAGGAAAAAAUAUGCACUAACUAACAUCCAGGCGGCAAUGGGCCUCUCGGAUCCAGCUGCACAGCCCCUGCUGGGAAAUGGCUCUGCCAACAUCAAGCUGGUGAAAAAUGGGGAGAACCAGCUCCGGAAGGCUGCGGAACAAGGGCAGCAGGACCCCAACAAAAACGUGAGCCCCACCGCAGUCAUCAACAUAACUUCUGAGAAGUUAGAGGGUAAAGAGCCCCAUCCGCAGGAUUCCUCGGGCUGUGAGAUUUUACCCUCCCAGCCCCGGAGAACUAAGAGCUUCCUAAAUUACUAUGCAGACCUGGAGACUUCAGCCAGAGAACUGGAGCAGAGCGUAGGUGGCUGCCAUGGAGUUGCAGAGGAGAAGUCACAGCCAGGCCAUAGCCAGGCCCCCACCAUUAUGGGCAAUGGCGAUUUGCUGCUGCAGAAAUCAAACAAACCCCAGUCCAGCCCCGAGGACGGUCAGGUAGCCACUGUGUCUUCCAGCCCAGAGACCAAGAAGGAUCAUCCUAAAACAGGGGCCAAAACCGACUGUGCACUACAUCGGAUCCAGAACUUGGCGCCCAGCGAUGAGGAGUCCAGCUGGACGACGCUGUCCCAAGACAGUGCCUCCCCCAGCUCCCCGGACGAAACAGCAGAUAUAUGGAGUGAUCACUCAUUUCAGACCGACCCCGAUUUGCCACCUGGCUGGAAAAGGAUCAAUGACAUCGCGGGGACCUAUUACUGGCACAUCCCUACAGGAACGACCCAGUGGGAACGUCCCGUGUCCAUCCCCGCAGAUCUUCAGGGUUCUAGGAAAGGCUCACUUAGUUCCGUAACGCCAUCUCCCACCCCGGAGAACGAGAAACAGCCAUGGAGUGAUUUUGCUGUUCUGAAUGGGGGAAAGAUUAAUAGUGACAUUUGGAAGGACCUACACGCAGCCACUGUGAACCCAGACCCCAGCUUAAAGGAGUUUGAAGGAGCUACGCUGCGCUAUGCAUCUUUGAAGCUCAGAAGUGCCCCGCAUGCUGACGAUGACGAUUCUUGUAGUAUCAACAGUGACCCAGAAGCCAAGUGUUUUGCUGUGCGCUCUCUGGGAUGGGUGGAGAUGGCAGAGGAGGACCUCGCCCCCGGGAAAAGCAGUGUUGCCGUCAACAACUGCAUCAGGCAGCUGUCCUACUGCAAAAAUGACAUCCGAGACACCGUGGGCAUUUGGGGAGAGGGGAAGGACAUGUACCUGAUCCUGGAGAACGACACGCUCAGCCUGGUGGACCCCAUGGACCGCACCGUGCUGCACUCUCAGCCCAUCGUGAGCAUCCGUGUGUGGGGCGUGGGCCGCGACAACGGCCGCGAGAGGGAUUUUGCUUAUGUAGCAAGAGACAAAGAUACAAGAAUUUUGAAAUGUCAUGUAUUUCGAUGUGACACACCAGCAAAAGCCAUCGCCACAAGUCUCCACGAAAUCUGUUCCAAGAUUAUGGCCGAGCGGAAGAAUGCCAAAGCCCUGGCCUGCAGCUCCUUACAGGAGAGGACCAAUGUGAACCUGGACGUUCCUUUGCAAGUAGAUUUUCCAACACCAAAGACUGAGCUGGUGCAGAAGUUCCACGUGCAGUACCUGGGCAUGCUACCUGUAGACAGACCAGUCGGAAUGGACACCCUGAACAGUGCCAUAGAAAGUCUUAUGACAUCAUCCAACAAGGAGGACUGGCCAUCGGUGAACAUGAGCGUGGCUGAUGCUACCGUGACCGUCAUCAGUGAAAAGAGUGAAGAGGAGGUCCUAGUGGAGUGCCGAGUGCGGUUCCUGUCCUUCAUGGGGGUCGGGAAGGACGUCCACACGUUCGCCUUCAUCAUGGACACCGGGAACCAGCGCUUUGAGUGCCAUGUUUUCUGGUGUGAGCCCAAUGCUGGUAAUGUGUCUGAGGCAGUCCAGGCCGCCUGCAUGUUACGGUAUCAGAAGUGCUUGGUAGCCAGGCCGCCUUCACAGAAAGCCCGACCGCCUCCACCGCCAGCAGACUCAGUGACCAGAAGAGUCACAACCAAUGUAAAGCGAGGGGUCCUGUCCCUUAUUGACACUUUGAAACAGAAACGCCCUGUCACAGAAACGCCGUAGGUGCAUAUGGCAAGGACGCUAGUGUUUCCCUGAAGACUGAACAGCUGCACUAAAGAAAACCAACUGACAUCCGACCUUCCAUUCAGUUGUGAUGCUUUGUCUUCAGAGAAUUUAUCCUUAACCAGACAGUGUUAGACAAGCAUGUUCUCUCGUCUUGCCACCAUCACGUGAUAUGAAAAGAAGCAUGAAUAAUUUGUUUUGCUGUCAGUAAGUUACAUCACGAGCAGUGGAAGGUCUUUUUCUUAUUGUAAAUAUUGUGAACAUUACUUCACACACACAGAGAAGAAUGUGGCCACACCCCUCCUAGUGAACUGAUGCUGCGUCUUGGAGUGAACGAUGCCUGAGUCAGCUUCACUGUCUUCUUGACUGGGGAUCUUUCACAAGCAACUUUUAAGUUCUACAGCACUUUGCCCUCUUUUCAACAUUGGAAUAGACACUUCAUAGCAGAUACCAGUGAACUGCUGUAAAAAUAGGAUGGCGAGUUUUUGUUUUAGUUUUUCAUAAAAUUGAACAUGUCGGUUGACAAAAUUGGCUGUUGGCGUCAGUGUGGAGACCAACUGGCAGCUUCCUUGACGAGCUCUCCUGGCACAUGGACACCAUUUCAUGUCUACAGCUGUUUGUGGGAUAUUAGAAAAAAAGUGAAACUUUAAAAUUGAUGAAAAACUAAAUUUCAGGGUUUAAAAUUGAACAAAAAAUAGCCUUUUCAAAUGGUUUUCAAACUGAUUGUUUUAAAAAAGAGAUUAGCAAAAUCAUAACGUAUUUGGGUAGGACUUAUCUCAAACUUCUGCCUUAUACUGUACAGUGCAGCUAGAGAAUUAUAGUUCACUAUGGCCAUUCUCUACAUAAACGUUCAGUGGAAUAUCGCUCAUCAAUCUUUCAUCCUUAGUUUGAUAAUUAGCCAAUAUGCAAUUUGAAGUUGAGGAAAUGUCAUUUAUAUUUCUGUCAUACACAGUUAUUUUAGACCCUCACCACCACGUUAUUUUUAUUAGUUUACAUGCUAGAGGAAAUUAUUCUGCCAGAAUUUGCAUCUAGCUCAAUCUUACUCCAAUGCUUUUUGCCCAGAAAGCUGUCUGUCCAUCAUGUAUUGUCCAUGGCAACAAACUGCAUUAAUUUGAAUCUUUCCUGGAUAUAUGUAUUUAAAAUUAUAAUUCAUUGGACUCAACUAGUAUAUUUUAAAAUUUUUAUCUUUUUUUCCAUUUUAAAGACUUAAAAAUCUCAUAUCAAUGCAAAAUAGACAUAGGAAUAAUGGACUACUGAACACGUUCCCCAGAACAGCAUUUCCUGCUUUGUUAUAUAGAUAAGAAACUUAGCUAUGAAGACAAAUUUAGACUCUUGUCGACAUUGUUGUUUUAAAAGGAAGUUGCUUAAGGAGAUUAAUCUCAAUAUUAGUUUUGUUUACUUUUUAGUAUCAAAACUAACAUUUACAACAUCCAGUUAUAAAAGUAACACUUUUUGUUUAUACACUGCUACGUACUUGUCAAAAUGGUUCCCACAUUUUUAUCACAGGUGAGCCUUAUAAGGUAGAGAAGGUACAAACACUUGAGAAAUAAAAACAGGAAGUACCAAGAGGCUAACUCAGUUGGCUGCGGUCUCCCCAGAGUUCACUGGAGAAUAGGACUAGGGCCCCAGGCCUGACUGUUGGUGUUGUCUCCACAGCAGUCAGGAAGAACCUUUCCAAAAUGACUCUGGACAGAUACAAGGAGCGCAGGAAAGGAAAUACUGUCAAUCUGGGAGGUAAAUAUGCCCAAAUCACUUACACGGGUAUUAAUUAUCGCUCUCUCUUCUCCCCCGUCCAGGACCGCUUUCCUGCAGUGCGCCUCAAAGGUGUUAGUGAGGACAGGGUUCCACAUUCAGUGCAUAGCCUGUUCAGUCCGUGGGGUUUCCCAGUGAGGACAUUACUUGUAGAGAUACUCCCAACUCAUGGUUUUAGCCACCUUACAACAUGAUGGAAAGAGCAGGCAGCCUACCACCUGCCGUUCCCCUUCAGAAGUCAGGGGAUGGGGAGAAAGAGCGCUGAAAUCGUCUGCUACACUCUAAUGUUAGGACAAAAAUGAUACCGCUCUAGAAAUACAUUAUACUUUUUACCAGUUUAGACACUAUUCUAUCUAAAGUAACUGAGGGCAUCAUGAGACGUUGUAGCAUCAUGAAAUCCUUCCUGUACCCUCUGAAAAGCUGUUGAGAAUUCAGUUACGAGGAUCAUUCGUUUUGAUCUCCAUAGUUAAGCUUUUUAGCGUGAUAAACUUCAAAAUUCUAAACAAGUAGUCCACUUUUAUAUUGGAAAUCUCUACCAGAAUUCCCUGUUCAUUUUUUAAGGUAUACAUUUGUUUGUUUUCAGGAUCAAGAAUACUGAGCUAGCUUUAAGUAGCAAACUGAUUUAUAUAUGCAAUUAUAGGAUGCAUUAAGAUGAAUGAUAGCCUUUACAUAUUGAAAACUUUACUGCAAAGACUUUGUUUUGAAAAUGGCUUUGCAUACUAAUGCAAAUUAAUUUUGUAAAAUUAAUUAUGUUAAACAGUAUGUUCAGACACUUUCUGCCAUGGCCAAAAAGUAUGUAUGAGAGUAUGUGUGUACCUGUCUGUGAAAGGACGCCAGUGUUUUACCUGCUGUCUUAGCAACACUUCAGUUACCUAUCUAUGCAUUCUCUGUAUGUGUGAUUCGGUAAGCAGGCAGCCAUGUUCACGAUGCCUUGUAUGUCUUAUCAUAUUUUUAAUUAACCUUUUAAAUACAGCUUAAAAUAUUUUUAUUUUAUUUAUUCUAUUUUUACUGAAAUAUACUGCAUUAUUGUGUUAAUGUAUUAUCUUUACUGGAUAUUAUCUCACAAUGUAUCCAGGCCUAAGUAAUCUCAGUGAACUAUAUACAUUGCCUAAGGUGGUUUUGUAAUGAUUUGUAGUCACAUUUCUAUUGGAAUAUGUAGAAGAAAGGGCAUACUGCUUAAAGGUCCUUUUAUUUUUUAAAAGCAGCUAGACAGACACAGCCCUGCCACCUCAUACCUGCUCCUUGGCAGCAUCAAGGGGAACAGCCAACAUGCCUCUGGCUAAACUCUGCUGUCUGAAGCACUGCCCGGUGCUUCCUUUUUAUACCCUUCACCACGUGUGCUCUCGUCUCAAAGACACAUCCAUGUCCUCAUGGCCUUUGUUUCCACCUGGAUUUAAGGUCACUCAUAGCAAAUUAGGACCAUUGUUUUUUGUCUGUCUUCUUGCAUGCAGGGACAUUAGACCCAUUUCCAUUAAAAUAAGUUUUUGGUGAUAAA